AUGCGAGGUGGUGGUCACAUGCCCAUAUCGGACGCUGCGAACAUUAACAGCACAGGAGUCUUGAUUUCAAGCACCAACUUAAACACAUUGGAGCUUUCUGAAGACGGGGAGACAAUGAGCAUUGGCCCUGGACCUCGAUGGGGCGAUGUGUUCAACUACCUUGAGUUUACCAACAAAACUGUUAUCGGAGGUCGACUGGCACCUGUUGGGGUACCUGGUCUGCUUCUUGGUGGUGGUAUUAGUUGGUACAGUGUCAAGCAUGGGCUAGCUUCUUCCGAGGGAAAGAUCAAGGCAUAUGAGGCCGUCCUCGCAGAUGGUACCAUUGCCACCAUAACUGCAAACAGCACCUACUCAGACCUCUAUUGGGCGCUCGGUGGCGGCGGUAACUCCUUCGCUUUGAUAACUCGAUUCGAUCUGCAGACGUUCCCGUCCAUCACGCCACUUCUCGCAGAUGCGCACUACGGCUCCACGAACGAAACCCGAGACGCCUACCUCGCCGCCGUCCUGAAUAUGGCUCUUACAAACGACGAAGAUCUUGACUCAACAAUUAUUCCAGUCUGUCGCUGGGGCCCCAGUUCUACCGCACCGUCUUAUGAAAGCACACUGUUCUACAACGAUACCUCUGCACCAACCUCGGGCCCGUUGACUGAGUUCAUAUACGGCAAUACCACAGGUCUCAAAGCUUUGAAUGGCACGUCGACAAUGCGUCCCGUCUCUCUCGCGCGGUAUGGUCGCGCAAUGCGCUCAGCAUUUAAAGACGGUGCACAAUCUCACGGCCUGCGCCAAAAGUUCCGUGUUGUUUCCAUCAAAGCGAACGCCGAAGCACUCAAGAUCGUGCACGACACCUUCUUCAACUCGCUGGCUGAAUCAGGUCUCGCAAAUAAAGUUCCUAAUUUCUUCGCAGGCGUCGCUUUUAACAUUGUGAACCGCGAAAUGGUUGCUAGAUCUGCGCGGCUGCCACAGAACAUCCCGCUCGAACCGGCGUUCUGGGUAGAGGAGGCUAUUAGUUGGGGUAGUGAAGGAGAAUUUGAUGGCGAAAUUGCCGACUGGGUUAAGACUGUCAAUGAGGAUAUCGAGAGGAAGUUGGAGGAGGUUGACGGUCUGAACAGGUAUAUCUAUCUGAAUGACGCUGACAAGGGCCAGAAAGUCUUUGAGAGUUAUGGAAGUGAGAGCGUGGAGAGACUCAGGAUGGCAAGGGCGAAAUAUGAUCCUGAAAGGGUUUUCACGGAUUUGAUGCCAGGGGGUUGGAAAGUCGAACAUGCUGAUGUCUAA